GGGGGGGAGAGGGGGGCUUUGAUGCGAGGGCGUUAGGAUAGGGAGGAAAGCUGUGCGCAAAGUGCAGAGUGUGCUGGGUGACCAAGUGACAGACAGACAGACACAGACAGACAGGAGCAGAGCCCGAGGCUGGAGUGGUACCCAGAGUCUCCAUCACAUCCAGUCACAGGAUCUGUGCAGGUCUUUGUUUGCAGAGAUAACGAGCACCGCCGCAUCUGUCCCGGUUGACUGCAGUCAGUUCGGUGCAGCUCCCAAGAGAGGACACAGCGGUGGCUGUUAUUCCUGUUAUUCCCGUUUCUGCAGAGCCGGGAUGGAGCACAUCAGAACCCCGAAGGUUGAAAACGUCCGUUUGUUGGAUCGAAUCUCUUCCAAGAAGGCACCGGUUGGUUCUUUAUAUCUCACAGCCACACACAUCAUCUUUGUGGAACAUUUGUCUGAAUCUCGUAAGGAAACUUGGGUACUUCAUAGUCAAAUCUGCGCUGUGGAAAAGCAAGCAACAGCUGCAACAGGCUGCCCACUACUUAUUCGCUGCAAGAACUUCCAGGUCAUCCAGUUUAUCAUUCCGCAGGAAAGAGAUUGCCAUGAUAUUUACCUUUCGCUAAUCCGCUUGUCUCGUCCAGUAAAAUUUGAAGAACUGUACUGCUUCUCAUUUAGUACAAAGCAGCACAAGAAUGAGAGAGAGCAAGGCUGGAAAAUGGUAGAUCUUAAAGCUGAGUACAACCGCAUGGGAAUUCCCAAUAGCUUUUGGCAAGUUUCGCAGGCAAAUAGAGACUAUGGGGUCUGUGAGACUUACCCUACAGAGCUCUGUGUGCCCAAAUCAGCCUCUACACCAGUCAUUGUUGGGAGCUCCAAGUUCAGGAGUAGGGGACGUUUUCCUGUUCUCUCUUACUUUUGCCAGGAUAACAAUGCUGCUAUCUGCAGAAGCAGCCAGCCUCUCUCUGGGUUCAGUGCUCGGUGCCUAGAGGAUGAACAGAUGUUGCAGGCCAUCAGGAAGUCGAACCCAGGAAGUGAAUUCAUGUACGUUGUGGACACUAGGCCAAAGUUAAAUGCAAUGGCAAACCGAGCAGCAGGAAAGGGAUACGAGAACGAAGACAACUAUUCCAACAUCAAGUUUCACUUCAUAGGGAUAGAAAACAUCCAUGUAAUGAGGAGCAGUCUGCAAAAACUGCUGGAAGUCUGUGAGCUGCGAUCCCCUUCUAUGGGUGACUUCCUGUGGGGUCUGGAGAAUUCAGGAUGGUUGAAACACAUUAAAGCCAUCAUGGAUGCUGGUAUCUUUGUUGCAAAAGCAGUGGCUGAGGAGGCAGCUAGUGUACUAGUUCACUGCUCAGAUGGUUGGGACAGGACUGCGCAAGUCUGUUCUGUAGCAAACCUCCUACUUGAUCCAUUUUAUAGAACUAUAAAGGGAUUCAUGGUUUUAAUAGAAAAGGACUGGGUGUCAUUUGGGCACAAGUUUAACCACAGAUACAGCCACUUGGAUGGUGAUCCCAGGGAGGUAUCCCCAGUAAUCGAUCAGUUUCUUGACUGUGUUUGGCAGCUAACAGAUCAAUUUCCAUGUGCCUUUGAGUUCAAUGAAAGAUUUCUGGUGCACAUUCACCAUCACAUCUACUCCUGCCAGUUUGGGAAUUUUAUCUGUAAUAGCCAGAAGGAGCGGAUAGAGCUGAGAAUUCAUGAGAAAACCCAUUCGUUAUGGCCUCAUCUAUGGAGAAAUCGUGCAGACUACGUGAAUCCCCUCUACAGACCAGACCACAGCCAGACCCAGGGAGUCCUGAGGCCACUCACGUCUCCGUAUAAUUUCAGGUUCUGGAGAGGUAUGUACAACCGGUUUGAGAAAGGGAUGCAUCCUCGACAGUCUGUCAUAGAGUAUCUGAUGGCAGUGAAGGAAGAGACUCAGCAGCUGGAAGACGAGCUUGAGAUGCUGGAAGAGAAAUUAGCCAGUCUGGAUAAAUCCUGCAUCAAUGCUACAAAGGGAAAAAUCAUACUGCGUCACAGACACAAAGUGGAGAUUUCCACUUCUGAUCAAGAGUUAGCCAACACUCCUCAAGACUACUCCAACAAUGGGAGAAUAUUCACCUCUCGAAGUGCCUCACAGACAGAUGAUGAUUCUCAACCGGUGAUUCUAACCCAUGACCUGAAGCAAUCCGAUCCUGAUCUUUCUGCCAAUAGCGACCAGGAAUCUGGUGUAGCGGAUCUGAGCUGCAGAUCACCAAAUGGUGACUCCCUUCCUAGUGAAGAUAGCAGUAAGAAUCUGGCAGAAUACCCAGAGGAAGCUGCCAUUGCUGUUGCAUGAUAUUCCAGAGGAACUGACCUCAUCACCUUGCUUUAAGAGAUCUUUGUAUUUAAAAAGGUGUUCUUUGGUUUGGUAAUGAGAUUGGUGCAUUUUUGGAACACAAAAUUUCACUACUAAAAUUGUAAGUCAGAUCUUAACGUAGAACUUUUCCCAAACAAACUGCUGAGUUAACUGAUCUCAAUCAGAGCAGUGCUGCAAUUGGCCCCAAAGUCACAGGUUUGGGAUGGAAAAAUAGUCAGUGCCCUUGUGUCUGAUUGUCAUUCAGUAACCUGCUGUAGGUACCUAGGGGGUCAAUGUCUGUUGAAGACAUGACUAGUCUGAUAGGUGUACAAUAAUUGUUACAAUUCAUAUGGCACCUUGUGUAGUUAAAACAUCCAGAACAUCACAAGUAAUAUCAACUAUAUUGAUUGUUUAUGUAGGCAAACACAGCUGUCAUUUCCGGUAGCAAUGGUCCCACGAACCACCGAGAGGUGAACGAUGCACUAGUGAAGGAUUGACCAGGACACCAGAAUUUUUUUUUAUUUUGAAAUGGGAUCAUUAAUCUUCAUCUCAACAGGUAGACACAUCCUUGAUAUUAAUGUCUGUUAGGGAAAAGGCCACUCUAAAUAUACAGCACUGUCCUAGUAAUGCAGUGAAGCAUCGGUCUGCAACUCAAGUCACACUUGAGCUCACAAUGCUAGCAACUAAGUUAAUCUGAUCCUCACCCAUCUCCCCCAGUCUUGUGGUCAGAUAGACUGCUGGCACUCAGACAAAGCUCAUACAUAAAUAGCCAGUUGGCAGAAGUACCAGGGAGUGAAUGGUGACUGAGAAAGUGUAACCAGUAGGAGAAUAAAGUCAAACUACAUUCGGGACAGUGGAGAGAACAAAUUUCAAUAAAGUCAGUGUUCUAGCUAUAAUAGACAAUUUUGCUGUUUUCCAUCUGAUCUAUAAUUUUAAAAGCUUUUCUUCCCCAGAGCAGUGUACUUCUUUGAUUCUUUUACUCUGUGGCAAACACACAAUUACUCACUGAAUUUGGUCUCAUCCUUCCAGGUUACCAAUCCUAACAGCUACCCAUUACAGUAUCAAACAAUUGCUUAAUUGAGUCUAGUGUCCUGGCCUCAUCCACUCUUCCUUUUUGAUUGCUCUCUUUGUAAAGAUACAUGUCCUGGCAUCCUUUCCAUACCAAUAUUAUAGUUGAGGGUUUAUUUCCCUAUCUUUUUAUGAAAUGAAGACUACCAGUGAUGAUGCAUGUUGCUGGCAUAUUCACGUUUUUUGAUCAUUCCUGACAAUCUUAUUGUACAUCUUACUCUUAACACUUUAUAAAUGGAAAAUUUGUUGUGGCAUCAUGUUAUUUCCUGUAGCAUUUAAUGACAAAGAAAUAAAGUGAUGUAUGUGUACAUUCUUACAUUUCAUGUAAUGGUAGCUAAAUUAUAUCCAUGUAGGCCAACUCAUUUUUGUGAAA